AUGACAAGUCCAUAUGAUGAGUAUAAAAAAAAGGACCAACGUUUUGCGUGGAUAUUCACCAUUGUCCUUAUUGUGUUUAGUGGUUUCAUGUUUCUUGUUAGAACUAUUGCUGUGGAAGGUUUAUAUGAUAUGGACACAAAAAAUUCUAGGGAUUUGUUCAUUAUUAAAUUUUAUGGAAUCAUAGUUGGUAUAAUGUUCAUAAUAUAUUUUAUAAUCAGAUUUGUGAUCCAUCAAGAUUAUAAGCAAAAGGAAAGGGAUUAUGAAGCUAACAGAUACAACGCAUACGAUGAUCUUCGACCCACAAGAACUACUACAACACGCACUUCAAAUUUCAGUGAAAAUUAUACAUUUAAUAAUAAUCGACCCUCAAAUCCUCCCUCUGCACCUCCCCAGGAACCUGAAAAUAACAAUACCUCAAAUUUCAAUCCACAACCAACUACUUCAAGGCCACACACUCCUCAACCUCAUCAGAGCCCUAAAAAGAAUUCUGAAGAUGAUCUUCCUCCAUCGUACAGUGAAGCUGUUCAUAAACUAAAUAAAUAA